AUGAUACCAGAUGAUUGGGUGAUCGAUAGUGGUGCAACGCGUCAUAUGACGAACGACCGAUCGUUUUUCUCAACGAUGGACACGAACAUUAACUCGAAAGUGACACUUGCUGACAGCAACAAAACCAUCACACUGAAAAAUGUACUGUACGUGCCGAAGCUCGACGGAGGACUUAUUUCUGUGAGCCAACUGGCAGUGAAAGGAUUCGUGGUGAAAUUUGGUGUAUCGCCGUGUGAAAUACAAAAUGCUGCAGGUGAAACGAAAGUGGUUGGUAAUAAGGUGGGAAACCUUUACCGUCUGCGAAUACAGAAGCAGUCACUGAAGGCUGGCGGUGGUCAUCAUGAUCGUUGUCAGCAUACUUGGCAUCGGCGGAUUGGUCAUCGAGAUCCUGAAGCGUUGCGUCGAAUCGAAAAGGAUGAUCUGGUGAGUGGAUUUAUUUUGAAGGAUUGCGGGGAACACAUUGUAUGUGAAUGCUGCCUGAAGGGGAAACUUGCUCCCAAACCGUUUCCUCCUACAACUGAACGGAAAACGUCACGGCUGCUGGAGAUAAUCCACACAGAUCUUUGUGGACCGAUGGAAACAACAACUCCCUCUGGAAAUCGGUACUUGAUGACGCUAAUCGAUGACUUCAGCCGAUAUACGACUGUUUAUUUGCUGAAAAGCAAAUGUGAAGCAGCGGCUCGAAUCAAGCAAUACGUUCGCUUGGUUGAAAAUCAGUUUGGGCGAAAACCUCUCAUCAUUCAUUCAGACGGUAGAGGCGAGUAUGGUAACAGAGAGCUCAAAGAUUUCUAUGAAACUGAAGGGAUAAAAUCACGAUAUACAACGCCAUACUCACCUCAGCAAAAUGGGAUUGCAGAACGCAAAAACCGAUCGUUGCAAGAGAUGGCGAUUUGUAUGCUAGCUGACGCUGAUAUGGAAAAGCUGUUUUGGGGUGAGGCAGUUAUGACGGCGACAUAUCUGCAGAACCGCUUACCGUCGAGAGCUGUUAACAGAACUCAUUUGCACUUUGGACAGGAAACAUGCCUAGCUUUGCGAAUCUCCGUUCGUGACGCCAGAUUCAUUGAGUUGAAUAAUGGAUCGGAGCAGUCAAAGGAACCAAGCGAAUCAGAUAAAACUGAUGAACUGGAGACGACGUUAAAUAUUCCGAUGAAUCCACCGAGUGUGUUGGAUCCAAGGAUUGACAACGACAACAACAUGUCCGUUGGGGAAUUGGAGGGCUGGUGUGCUGCCAGUGAUGACUUGGAUGGUUCAUUCUUCCGUGGCUUCGACAAACAAUCGGUUGUGGAUGAGCGCGCGGAACCGGAUGCAGCGGAUUUCCAACGGCAGGAUCGGCGAACGAGAGGUGUGUUGCUGGAACGUUAUAAUGAUUUCGUGGUUAGUAUUGCAGAGCUAACUGAAGCAGAACCAACAAGUUAUAAAAGUGCCUUGCAAAAUCCCAAAUGGAAGGAAGCGAUGGAUUCGGAAAUGAAAUCUCACGAUAAAAACGAUACGAAUAAUAACAAUCGUUCGAUCAAUCUCAUAACCUUCCCCGCUGAUGAUAAUGCCACUGUGAUCACAACACCUAUGGUACCAGUCGACAGCAUCGCUACUCAAAACGUCAAUCUUCCGUCGCCGUCAUUUCGAACUACAACUAACAACUACUCCAAUGACAUCGAUCCUCCUCCACUUCCAACUUCUAUAGAAGUGCAAUCAGCACCGUCAACCACCAUUGCCGAUACAACUUAUCUCGCAAAUGCUCAAACUAAAUAUUCAACACCGACUUCUAUGACCUCUACCGCUGACACUGUCAAUAUAUAUCUAAUGCUACCACGAACCAACACUGCUACUACCAUUAGUACGAAUUCGACAAGCAUCUGUAACACAAUCUCUCUGCAGUCAAUUCCGGUUACAUCUGCUGUUUGUUGGUCCGCUGCUUCAAACAACGCUGUAAGUGAAUCUCACGGCUACGGACUUACCACAACAUGA